UCUCCAAUUUCUCUCUCUCUCUCUCUCAAAUGCAGCUCCUGCAGUCUCCAUCUUCUCCUUCUCUCACAAGUCAACUCAGAGGAGGACUACUUGCUCUACAAAAACCGUUGCAUCUCCUUACUACUCAUAGUUCUGUGAACUCUCAAAUACACUUAAGGCCUAUACGGAUAUCAUAUAACCGGUCAAAUUCGAGCUUUAUUUCAGCUACAGCUGCUUCUGUUGAAGCUGGUGCUUCUGCUAUAUCAACUGGAACACCUGAGAAUGAUGUAUUAAAAGCCUUGUCUCAGAUCAUUGAUCCAGACUUUGGGACAGACAUUGUCUCAUGUGGAUUUGUGAAGGAUCUGCAUGUAGAUGAAGCUUUGGGAGAGGUUUCAUUUCGGUUAGAGCUCACUACACCAGCAUGUCCAAUCAAGGACAUGUUUGAGGAAAAAUCUAAGGAGGUGGUGGCGGCCCUUCCCUGGGUUAAAAAAGUGAAUGUGACGAUGUCGGCCCAACCAGCAAGACCUGUUUUUGCAGGGCAACUUCCAGUGGGGCUACAGACGAUAUCAAAUAUAGUGGCAGUUUCUAGUUGCAAGGGAGGCGUGGGAAAAUCAACUGUUGCUGUAAACUUGGCAUAUACUUUGGCUGGUAUGGGUGCUAGAGUUGGCAUCUUUGAUGCUGACGUUUAUGGUCCUAGUUUACCCACAAUGGUCUCCCCGGAAAACCGGAUGCUUGAGAUGAACCCGGAGAAGAGAACCAUUAUUCCAACUGAAUACUUUGGAGUUAAGUUGGUAUCUUUUGGAUUUGCCGGACAAGGGCGUGCAGUAAUGCGAGGUCCAAUGGUUUCAGGGGUCAUCAACCAACUACUGACUACAACUGAGUGGGGAGAACUGGACUACCUUGUUAUUGACAUGCCCCCUGGAACUGGUGAUAUUCAACUUACCUUAUGCCAGGUUGUCCCAUUGACUGCUGCUGUUAUUGUUACAACACCUCAGAAGCUCGCAUUCAUAGAUGUUGCAAAAGGUGUUCGCAUGUUUUCGAAGCUUAAGGUUCCAUGUGUUGCUGUAGUUGAAAAUAUGUCCCACUUUGAUGCUGAUGGAAAACGUUAUUACCCGUUUGGUAGAGGUUCUGGCUCUCAGGUUGUACAGCAAUUUGGUAUCCCACAUCUGUUUGAUCUUCCAAUAAGGCCAACUUUAUCUGCCUCUGGAGAUAGUGGAAUGCCUGAAGUGGUGGCUGAUCCUCAAGGUGAAGUUGCCAAAACAUUCCAAGACUUGGGAGUUUGUGUAGUGCAACAGUGUGCAAAGAUUCGCCAACAAGUUUCAACAGCUGUCACCUAUGAUAAAUCUAUCAAGGCAAUCAAAGUGAAAGUACCUGAUUCAGAUGAAGAGGUCUUUUUGCAUCCUGCAACAGUGAGGCGAAAUGAUCACUCUGCCCAAAGUGUGGAUGAAUGGACUGGUGAGCAGAAACUAAAGUAUAAUGAUGUUCCAGAAGACAUUGAACCUGAAGAAAUUCGGCCUAUGGGAAACUAUGCCGUAUCAAUAACAUGGCCUGAUGGAUUUAGUCAGAUUGCUCCCUAUGAUCAGCUUCAAACUAUGGAGCGGUUAGUCGAUGUUCCUCAACCUAGUCUUGCAAAGGCAUAAGUUGAAGUGCCAAUUAGAUGAAGACCAGAGUAUGAGAUUCUUCGAUACCUAUGGGAAAUUGAAAGAAGUUAUAGCUGGACCUGCAAGAAGGUCAUGGAGUGCUUUUUCCUUUUCUUCGCCUACUGAUACGUGUAUAACAUGCCUUGGUAACAUUUUGAUAGAUAGUAUUCUUAAUUGUUUUUUUUUCUUUUAGUUUAUCUGAUGCUUGAAUUCCGGGUACAAGAUUGGAAAACAUGUCAAAUAUGCUUAAGAAAUGUUUUCUGAGAACCUGUUUAAAGGUCGUGCCUUGUGUAUAAGUCCCUCGUUUACAGUGGGAUCUGCGAGAGGUAGCUUGCUGUUGGGCAGCUUACACCUAUUUUGUAGAGCUCGUUCUCGCACUCAAACCUGUGCGUUAAGCAAUCUGCAUCUUUAAGAUAGCUUACCCCUUUGAAUGUCAAACAAUGAAUGCGUGGGUACAUAGCAGCGGAAGUUA